AAUACAUGUCAAUACUUAACAUAAUGAUAUGUAAAUCGAGAUCUAAAAUGUAGAAAAAUUAAUUAUAGCUUUUAUGGUUAAAACUAAUUAAAAAAUGUAGAACUACAUAGAACUCGUCGUAUGGUCUUUAAAAUAUUCCGCGCAAGCUAUAAAAAUAAUAGAUAAAAUUUUCUUUAAUUAUUUGAUAUAUUCCUUUUCAUCGUUUUUACUAUAGCCAACUACAUUGCUAUAAAAUAUGUACUUGCAAAAUUAUAAGAACAUUUACUGAUCCUAUUGCGACUGUAACAAAAUCAGCAUUAAUGUCAGGAUUUCAAUAAUAUUUCUUUGCAUUUUAGAAUUAAAAUCUAACUAUAGUGCACCUUAACUAUUUUAUAAUCCUCUAUUAUUAGUUUUCAUCUUAAAGGCGUACAGUAGAAUGGAAAUUCUUGUCCAUUCUGCAUUUCGUUUUCUGCGCAUGACAAAAAUUUUUGUAGGACCUUAUAGUGGGGAGGAACACAAGACUUUUAGGUAAAUAUUCUAGAAAAGGAGUAGCCAGAGUGUGGAAAACGUUUCUAGUGUCUAUAAAACCAUGUGCUUUCUGAAAAUGGCUAGCACAUGUAUACGAGCAUUACCUUAAUAAAUUUUGUGUGCUUCGAAAAACCAAGAAUUAAUUACGCAAAUAAUAAAUUGCAAUUAUUUUCAUUUAAAUUACUUUCUUGUGAUUUGUUCUACUCAUAAUGGCAAACACGAUAACGACCUUACCAGAGGAAAUGAUAACCAUCAUUCUCAGCUAUAAUGAUAUUACUAUUGAGGAUAUCAUUAGUUUUAGAUGCGUGUGCAAGCGAUUUCAGUAUGCAGUUACAUAUGAAAAGUUUAUGGAAAGAAAGUUUCUUCAAAGAUGGCCUAAUGCGAAAAAAGAAUUUGAAGAAUAUAUUAAGAAAGGAAAUGAUAAUAAGCAAUAUAAAGAAAACAUAUGGAAGAAGGAAAACAUAAACUUUAACAAAAUAGGCAUAUAUUACGUAAAACAAUUAAAAAAAGUUUUGUCUCUACAAUUAUUUAACACAUAUUAUGCUAAGUUAUCAAAACAAAAUGAUUACAAUAUCGAAACCGAUAAAUUAAUAAAAUCCAAUGAUCAGUUAGAUGAAUGUUUCAAUAAGCGUUUUGUAAAACCUAUUACGUAUAUCGAAAAUCAUAUAAUGUUUGCAUUCUUCGUUGAUGAGAUUAGAAACUUGUUAAAACAACUUCCAGGAGGGUCUGAUCGCAAUCUAAUCGAAAGAUAUUGCGAUAUCAAUAAGUCUCACUAUAUGAAACUAUCUUCGGUUAAAAGUGAGUUUGGUAGAUUUAUAGAAAAAUCUACAAAAAGAGAAUUUCUUUUGGAAAAAAUUUGUACUCUCAUGGCACAAUAUUUUCAACCACGAAAAGAUGUGUGUUACUGCAGUGUAAAUGCAUCAUUGGAUAAAAUCGCACAAGAGGUACUGAAUUGUCUCAGAGAGAAGCAUCCUAACCAUUCGAUAUUCUCCACGUCUGAGUGGAGUCCUAAAACUUUUUUCUAUUGGAAAAACAACAAUAUCGACGAUAAUCACUGGGAUGAAGCAGAAAGUACGCAGAUUAUGGAUACACUCCAGGAAUAUAUAUUUGGCAAGUUGGAAUUUCAACCACGCCAUAGCUCCAAAAUUAAUAAUAUGUGUAUAGAUUAUGUUUUAGAAAAUAAACGUGGACGUAGAAUCAUGGUAUUUAUAAUAUAUCAAAGCGUGGCUAGGAGACUUGGUCUACGUUGCGAUAUAAUAAAAGUAGAAUUUCAAAUCUGUAUAUUUUGGAAAUCAAAAUACGUCACGAAUAAUUUAGUAAAUGAACGAUGUUUUUACAUAGAAUGCAAGAAAUUUCCGAAUUGUUUUGUCGACUAUCUAUCGCAUUAUACGUCUUUGGUUUCUGACUCUGGUUCAAGUCGACACGUCACUGCAAUAGAAAUCAAAGAGAUAUAUUUCGAAAUAAUAACAUUUUAUAAAAAUUAUUUAGACUUUCAUAUUAAUUAUGAUACAGAAGUAAUCGAAAUUUGGAAUAUGCUGCGUCAUUAAAUGGGAUCCACUAAAUGAUUGAAGCUAUUCCAUAGAACUUGGAAGUACACAUACGAAAUGCUGGUAAAGUAUAACUUCUAUAAAAUCGUAUAAAAUGUUAUA